AUGGAAAAUGCACGAGAAGCCUCCCACAAAGCUCACUGUUUGGUUUUAUCCUACCCAACCCAAGGCCACUUAAAUCCUAUGCUCCAAUUCUCUAAGCGCUUACCACAAAGGGCUCAAGUCACAUUAGCCACUCCUCAGUCCGUGUACAAGAACAUACACGGAGCAGCGUCCAUUUCCAUUGCGCUUGAGACCAUAUCCGAUGGCUAUGAUGAAGGCGGCAUCACCCAUGCAGAAAGUGUUGAGGCCUACCUUGAGCGCUUCUGGGAGGUCGGCCCUCUAAUUCUUACAAAGCUUGUUGAGAAAUUGAAUGCAUCAGGCUGCCCCUUAAAUUGCAUAGUCUACGAUUCUUUCUUGCCUUGGGCUCUAGAUGUUGCGAACAAGUUUGGCUUGGUUGGUGCUGUGUUUUUCACUCAUCCUAGUGCUGUUGGCAGCAUAUACUACCAUAUAUAUAAGGGCUUGGUCAAGCUUCCUUUCACAGAGCCUGAAGUUCUGGUGCCUGGAUUGCCUCCACUCAAACACCAGGACAUGCCUUCUUUCAUUUCUGAUUUGGGGUCAUACCCUGCUUUCUUUGAAAUGCUGCUGAAUCAGUUUGCCAAUGUUGACGAAGCAGAUUUGGUACUUUUUAAUACAUUCUAUGAGUUGGAGAAAGAGGAGACGGAUUGCUUGGCAAAGCUCUGGCCAUUAAAGACAAUUGGGCCAACCGUACCAUCUAUGUUCUUCGAUCAGCGACUCCAGGGUGAUGAAGUCUAUGGUUUUUGCAUCUUCAGGCCAAACAUUGACGCUUGCAUGAAAUGGCUAAAUGACAAGCCAGAACAAUCUGUGGUUUAUGUCACGUUUGGGAGCUUGGCAGCUCUGGAAGCUGAGCACAUGGAAGAAAUAGCAUGGGGUUUAAAAGGGAGCGAAAGUUAUUUCUUGUGGGUGGUAAGGGCAUCCAAAAGAAGAAAAACUGUCCAAAGAUUUCUUGGAUCAGCGACAUCAGAGAAAGGGUUAUUAGUGUAUUUUCAAAAUCAAAAGUUAUGUCAUAUAAUGAAAAGCUAUCUUAACUCAAAAGUUAUAUCACAUAAAGUGACAUAAUAUGACUAUUGGAUUGUAGGGAAGUUUUCAUGUGAAUAGUUAUCUCUUAGUAAAAUGACAUCCAAAAGUUAUGAGACAAAUUAAAAAAAAAAUCAUAAUUUAAAAGUUUAAAUAUGAAAA